GAUGGCUUCUUCCUCCCAACAAAGAUGGCAGCUCCCUUAACCCUGCUUUUAAUUGUAGCUGUAACCAUAAGAGCAGUAUUAUUUAGAUCAAGUUUAGCUGAGCUAAUACCAGAAAGAGUUGAGGUAGUAUCUCCACUAAAUGCCUGGAAAAGAGUUGUGGAAGGCCUGGCUCUCCUGGACCUGGGAGUAUCGCCAUAUGCAGGGGAUGUGUUCCAUGAGACUCCCCUCAUUAUAUACUUAUUUCACUUUGUUAUUGAUUAUGCAGAGAUUGUGUUUAUGAUAGCAGAUGCACUCACUGCGGUGGCGCUAUACCUAGCAGUGAAGGGCUACAACAAAACUGUGUUCAGGAAACAGAAGUACACCCUGGAGGCUGAACGCUAUCCUCUGGACUGCCUGGAGCUCAUCCACACCCCCAAAGAGAUGUACUACAUCCCUCUGAAAGUGGCCAUGUUUUACUUGUUGAACCCUUUCACUAUCCUCUCCUGUGUGGCAAAGUCAACCUGCGGGCUUAACAAUGCAGUCACCGCACUCUUCAUUCUCUGUACAGUAAAAGGAAGUGCCUUGAUGAGUGCGAUAUUCUUGGCCUUGGCGACAUACCAGUCAAUCUACCCCCUCACACUAUUUGCCCCAGCACUGCUAUACCUACUACAGAGAUUGUACAUCCCAGUGAACUGGCAAAGAUCCAGCUUCUGGCUCUUCACAAUGCAGUAUGCCUUCAUGUACCUGGGCAGCCUGUGGGUCAUGGUCUGUUUGUCCUUCUUCCUGCUCAGCUCCUGGGACUUCCUGUCUUCCGUCUACGGAUUCAUCCUCUGCGUUCCAGACCUCACCCCCAACAUAGGCCUCUUCUGGUACUUCUUUGCCGAGAUGUUUGAGCACUUCCGCCUCUUCUUCAUCUGCGUCUUUCAGAUCAACGUGUUCUUCUACACCAUUCCACUCUCCAUCAAGCUAAAGGAGCACCCGUUUUUUCUGAUCUUCAUGCAGAUUGCCGUCAUCUCCAUCUUCAAGUCCUACCCCACCGUGGGCGACAUCGCCCUCUACAUGGCCUUCCUGCCCGCCUGGAACCACCUAUACAGAUUCUUGAGAAAUAUAUUUCUGGUGUCAGUUGUGUUGUUGGCUUGCUCUGCCCUGUUCCCCGUCCUCUGGCACCUCUGGAUCUACGCUGGCAGCGCCAACUCCAACUUCUACUACGCCAUCACGCUGCUCUUCAACGUGGCACAGAUCUUGCUGGUGUCGGACUACUUCUAUGCGUACCUGCGGCGAGAGCACCACCUGACCCAUGGCCUGUACCUGAAGAGGAAAGAUGGCAGCGAGGCCACUCUGGUUCUCAAGUAGACGACAGAAACUCUCACACACACUCGUGCGCACACACACAGGCAGGGAUGGGACAUUGGGUGACAGACCCCUGCCUGACUGACAGUGACUCUGAACAUUACCCCACCCUCUGAAUUCUUAUUUCUGAGGUCUUACUUUUAAGCAAACAUCCCACCGACCCAACCAACCAACCCCCUGCUCCCCCAUAGACCAAAGCCUUAGUGUUUCUGAAGGUCCUUCUGGUGCAGAAAUGAAGGAUGGAGUAGUCAUGGAGGUGAAGAGGCUGGGAUGGAAGAUGGGUGCCUUUUUGCUCUUUCCAUGCUCUGUCGCUCCAGUGAGUAGGCGACAAAUCUUGUUGUGUCGGGUAGUUGAUGGUGUUACUGGUCCUGUUCUUUUGCUUUAUUUGGUCCUCGUUUUUUCCUGGAUUUCCUUUCUUAUGCUUUUAGGAAUCGCUGUCACUCUCAUUGAAAACAAGCAGAUGACUUGAGCAGAUGACUUGAGCAGAUGUGAGCCUUUGGGGACUUGGGAGCACACACAAACCAGACAGUUCUGCAUUUAGGCUGUUUGCCAGCAGAGGGUGUUGGUUGAACAUGAAAACCACAGUGGCUUGUCAGUCAGUCUGUCUGUCUGCCAAUCUAGUGUUUACUGGAAGAAACAGCCUCCACAUCUGGGUCGUGUUCAUUAGGGCACGCAACUGAAAAUGUGUAAUAAAAAAAGAAUGUGCAUUUCUUAUUGUCCAAGUAGUUCUCCUCUGUUCCAGUAUGUUGUCUUCUGUUUGGUGCCUAAUGAACACAACCCUUUAUUUUGUGUUUUACUAAUACACUAAACACUUUGUCCUACAAUAACUGUCUGUACAAAAUGUUGGUAAGUUGGUACUCUUCACUCAAUGGAUAUCUGAUGGGCCUAACUACUGCAUUGUCACUAUUUGCAAGACUAGGAAAAAUAUAUUGGGGAUUAGACACCCGUUUACUGGAGUGUCUUCUCUGAGAAAAAUGUAGUCUGAUAACUCUGUACCCUGUGAAAAUUAGAUAUGAUCUAGAUUCCUCACUGUCUGAACUCUCGUGAUGCACUCUGCUUGUUGAAUGUGAUCUGCGUCCAGCUUGAAUAUUCAUGCAUGCCCUUUUUAUUUGUACGUAUACAGUAUUUAUUUAUUGACAGCACUAAUUUUGUUCUACAUUUUUUGCUUAGAUAAUUUGCUAAAUGGAGGAGUACUUUAGUUGUUUUGAUAUGUUCAUGUUUUUUUUUUACAUGAUAUUGAAGACCAGGGUGAUUUUUAAAACGGAUCAUGUUCUAUUUGCUGAAUGAGUGGAUAUGAAUGAUGACUACAGCUGUUUGUCUAUGGCUGAAUCCCAAAUCACCCCUUUCCCCUCACUCCUUGGCUCUCCAUUUGCGUUUUCAAGCGCACCUGCGCCAUUUGCACAAGUGUCCCAAAGCUGAGGGAGUGAAAAUGAUUGAGGGUGUAGGGACUAAUUCGACCCUUUGCCACUUCGACCAAGGCUUCAGAGCGAAGUGAUAUCCCGACAUGCACUGUGAUAUGUUUGGAAUUUGUGCAAUUUUCAUACAAAAUAAUGGAGAGGCGUGACUAAUUAUAUUCCACGUGCAUUUGUUUGUCUGAUUUCGUGACUUGACACAUAUAACCGAUGAAAUACCUCCCAAAUAAAACAUUUAGCUGUUACUGAGGUUUAAAUUAUAAAACGACAUGGGGCAUUUGUUCAUUUGAAUUUCAUGCUUGUUUUAUUAUUUAAAAGUGGAACAUGAAUUGCAUCACUCAAGUCAGGAGUGUGUCCCGAAGUUGAUGGGUUUAUUGAUCCCCUCGCCACUCUGGAAGUCACCCUCAGUUUCGUCAGCAACAUGUGACAACGGAGGGCCCUCCGAGCGAGUUGGUGGGGUGAGGGGGUGGUUUGGGAUUUACCGUACAGUGCAUUCGGAAAGUAUUCAGACCCCUUGACUUGUUCAACAUUUUGUUACAUUACAGCCUUAUUCUACAUAAGUAUUCAGAUCCUUUGCUAUGAGACUAGCAUGAAAAUAUAAAAGCCUCUGACCCACUUUUUUGACCUAGACUUUGGUUCACAGAUUUUAAGCCAUACAUACUAUAGUUCAUGCUUGCCAAACCAUCUUAUGCGAAUAAGUGAGUCUUUGGUAUUUACUGUGACAAGAGUCUUUCAAAUCUGACACUGAUGUUCAGGCACCCAAAAAAUCUGAGGGGGCACAAAGUACAUGAGGAUGGCUAUGACCCAGUCCGAAAGUUGGAUAACACUUUAUUUGGAUAGUCCAGUAACAUUUAAACUAAUUAUCUACUAACCCUAAACUUAACCCUUAUUUUAAACCUAGCCUUAACCAUAGCAAGCAGUUGCUUAUCAACAGAUACACUGAACAAAAAUAUAAACGCAACACGUAAAGUGUUGGUCCCAUGUUUCAUGAGCUGAAAUAAAGAGUCCCAGUAAUUUUCCAAAUGCUUAUUACUCUCAUUUUGUGCACAAAUUUGUUUAUAGCUGUUAGUGAGCAUUUCUCCUUUGACAAGAUAAUUCAUCCACC